CUGCUGCAAGCAGUGUCGAAGCUUCUGUGAGGAGCGUACGCCUCAGCGGAAGAAAAUGCGCCUUCCGGACUUCCGCCUCAUUCACCAAGUUGACGACGACCGUACCUCUUCUUCUUCUUCUUCAAGAGAUGUCACGGUCUCACGCCUGGGUCACUCUGUUCCUCCGAAAUUCCGAUGCCCUUCGCUGUUUGAGGAGCCCCCAAAUACGACAGAGUCCCUCUAGGCAAAAUUUUUGAGCGCGUCGAAGACUUGCGUUUCUCCUUCUUUGCAAGGAUCUCUUCUCUCUCCUUCAACCAGCUCUCUGGACGAGAUGAGGGAGAGAGGAAGACCCUCCGCUGAAGCGGCAACGCUUCCCUCAAGAGUCUCCUUCCUCUCGCCUUCACUUUCUGCGGCUUCUCUUUCUGCGGCAGAUCUCUCCGCUUCGCUCCCGCGUCUUCCUCUCGCUGCCUUUCUCCCCGGGGACGACUGCCCUUCUUCUUUCUCUGCGUCCUCCGUCCACCUUCUCAGUGGAGAAGACGCGAAAGGAGACAUCUCAGAAGCAAGUAGACAACAGGUGACGCGUUUCCUCGAUGCGUCGAUCGCGUCCAUGUGCGCCCUGCUGAAUUUCCGCUUCGCAGUUUUCUGGAGUUACGUCCGCCACUCCGCCGCUCUUCGGGUGUACCUCCACUCCUUCCUCGCCAACGCGGCGCGGCCUCACGACUUGCCUGCACCCCACAGUGUCUCCUGUCUCUCGGAGACUCUUGGGCGAGAGCUGAGUGGAGAGGAGCAAAAGAGAGAGGCAAGCGACUACGCAGAGAAAGUCAGCACCCUGAAGCUGCUGACUCUCUUGGUAUGGCACCGCCUGUCUCGGCGACGCUGCCAGCGAACACACAUGCAGCUUUCUCCCAAGGUGUUUUCGGAGGCUCUUCUCGGCUGUGGGGUCGCAGAGGAGACAGGAGACAGCGUCUCUCAGCUGGACCUGGAUGGCCCUCUCCUGUCUCUCGGCCGGCUCAUCGACGUCGCCGCUGUCUUCGAGGCUUCAGACAGAAAACUCUUGAGAGACGCUGUGGGGAAUUUCUGGAGGGAAUUCGGCGAAAACUGGGAAGCAACCGAGCUCGAGACUCUGCGCAGAAAAACGCUCGAACAAAUCGCUAAAACGCGAUCAAAACUCUCUUCACUCGCUCGUCCAAAUGACCCAUUAUUCCAGAACCCCACAAGCAACAAACGGUCUUCCUCUUCUUCCUCUUCCUCUUCUUCCUCUUCUUCUUCCUCUUCUUCUUCCUCUUCUUCUUCUUCUUCCUCUUCUUCUUCUUCCUCUUCUUCUUCCUCUUCUUCUCCCUCUUCUUAUUCUUCUUCUUUUGAGUGGGGAACAAAGGUGCGGGGACUGUUGAGAGAGGCGGUGGAUUUGCUUGCGGCCAUUCGCGUCUUCUCGCUCUUCUUCCCGCAGUCGGCUGUCUCGGCUUUCUGGAGAAACGCCCGCGUUCGGACUCGGCUGCAGGAAGUCAGGGCGCCAGCCAGCUUGUGCACGGCGAUGGACGCGCAAGACGAGAUGCCUGGCAGCGACCUGCUCGACGAAUUGACUCACAUGUACAGCCACUUGCUUUCCUCGCCGUGGAUCGACGUAUGGGAGUCUCCUUCUUCUCCUCCUCUUCUUCGUCUCACCCUUGGCCGCACUCGCCAGCUGCUCUGUGCGUGUCUCCUUUGUGGGGUGGCGUCUCUCUGGGGGUUUCUCCCUCUCUUGAGAAGCUGUUCCGAAGAGAAAGAAGAAGGCGAAGAAGAAGAAAAAGACGAAGACGAAGAAGAGGAAGGAGAAGAAAGAGAAGGCAGGCGCAGAGGGAGACGACUGCAUGGGGAUGAGGAAGAGAGAGGGCGCGGGAGAGACAGGCGAGUUGUCUCCUCGCUCGAACACACUUCGCACGCGUCUCUUGUGCAAGCCUUCGACAACUUCACUUUCUGGGCGCUGUCUUUCUGCGAGAUUUUUCCGAACGGAGCUGAGACUCCGGGCCUUGCAAGAGACAUGCGCCGGGCGGGGCUCCCGCGUCUCCUCAGCGCGUGGAGGCGAGCUGUCUCGACACUAGAAGAAGAACGCGUCCACCACGUGGAAGCGGCGCUGUGUUCAGCCACUUGCGUGCGAGAGCCGCCGCCCUCGUCUGCCUCUCUCUCGCGAAUUCUCGAGCCGGAGGAAAGAGUCUCCGAUGCGAGGAAAGACGAAAGGGAGGCGGGACCCAGACUGCAUGCAGAGGACGAAGAAACUGUCGAAAGAAUUCGCAGAAUGCUUCCUGGACAGUUCGGACCAGGUUUCGUUUACCUUGCUCUUUCGUGGAGUCGAGGAGAUAUAGAAAGAGCUGUGGAUCUUCUUCUUUCUGACUCUCUGCCGCCUCUGCUACAGCAUGUCGACCCAGCUCUGGAUUUACAAGGAGCUGCUGUCUUGUUGACGAAGAGAGGCGCGAAACAGCCGGCGGAAAUCCGAGGAGCAGAGGGUGCUUCUGAGAUGCCUGGCCGGGAUGCGGAGUUGAAUGCUCGCGUCCUCGCGAUCGUAGACGAAACGGAGAGAGUGAAACACGAUCGCUGCCAAGCAGCUCUCAUCGAGACGUACAAACGCCUCGCGGAAGAGGGCGUGGAGUUCCACAGCUCCGAAGAAGAAUCUGACUCUGAGUUCUCAGACCUCAGAGACUCCUCCCAGGACUCAAACUCGACUGACAAGGAAGGUGAAGAAGAGGAGGGAGGCGACGCAGAGGCGAGAGGCCCUGGCGGCGGAGACACGAGAAGUCGAGGCGGAACUGCGCAGGCCGGCGGUUUCCAAGCAAGAGACGCGAGUCGCGGCAGAGGAACGGGACCUCGACGAGGAGCGCCUGUGGUUGGCCAGACCUUGCAGGCGCGUCGAAAAGAGGAAAACAAAGCUCGCUACGGAAAUCACUCGAGAAAACGAGGGCACCUGGCCAAAAUGCGUCGAGGGAUGAUCUGAGGUUUCGCACCGAAUAAACGUUCUCUUUCUAGGACCAUGAGUGUGCGAGACGUCCCGACAAAAGAGACGCGACAAAGCUGGUUUUCGGCGCACAGCGAGCAGCCCUGUCGCCCUGUAAGGAUGUGCGUCAAAGCUGGCGUUCGCGUUGACAAAGCUGCAGCCGAGUUCCCGUUUCUGAACUCCGCGGGCGUCACUUUGAGAAACGCGCCUGGUGCGACAAAAGAGCGAACUCUCAGUCUUGGCACCUCUGGAGCCCCUCGGGGGACGCCUUCGCUUCUUUUUCAGAGAGGAGAACAAGCUUGGCGGCUCCCGCUGUGAAAAAACUUCAGUUCCGACCCUGUCUUAUUUGUACAUACUCGAUUUUGUGUGUGUACAAAUCCGUUACAUAUAUCUGGUGUGCCGGUUCGCCGAGUCUCGUAGCGUGACAAAUCCUAGGAAAAUGCCGUCCACGGUACCAGCACAUCUGAUAUAUAUAUAUAUAUAUAUAUAUACGUUGAAAACUGGUGUCGAGCUGUUCUCUUGGUUUGCUCCGUUGUCAAACUUACUGACUAGCGUUCUGAAUAGAUUCCCGG